CGAGCGGUAUCGACGCGACCACCAUCGUCCAGUCGUCCCCAACGCAUUCCGACUCGACAUCUUGGCACUCCCUACUUUGAUUACCCCGCGAAGAACACAUCAUGGCCUCAUCCGAGCAAGUCGAGCUGAACGCGCCGCAUACACCCACCGAGAAGGCCUUUGAGGCCUUCGAGGUCGUUCAACACAAGAUCAAGGCCGAGAUCCUCAAGUCGCGCCACGACUGGGACAUACACGAGCCUCGCAUGUGGUCCCGCGCUGCCGGUAUCUCCAAUGAGGACCUCGUCAACUUCACGAUCCGCGGAGACCUCGUCGAGUGCCGCAGCGGCCCGACGUCUUAUGGAACCAUCAUUCUGGGGAAGAUCAAGCUCCCUGCUGUGAAUGACGAAGAGGGACAGGGGUAUAUCCAUGUCCGCAUCCACGACCCGCCGAACAGGGGUACUGAUGAUGUGGUGUUCCACUCCCUGUUCACGGACGAAGGCAAUCGCGACGAGGAAGGUCGCCCCACUACCUGGCGCGCGAUCCAGGGGCGCGAUACCCCCCUGGAGUUCUUCAACGAGUAGAAGAUAAUCGACGGGGAUGUAUGAAGUUUGGAAAGUCUAAAGAAGGUGUAUGUUCGCGGAGAAGUACUGUAUACCCACGAUAAAGAAGCAAAUGUACCAGCUAUCUAUCAAAUCAAUUACACAAACUAUGCACAC